GCAACAGAACAAUGCCCAGAGCAGCCUGGCCUGUACUUUUACCAAGUGGUUAGCUGCCUGCCCAGGAGACAUGAAAACCUUCUGCUAAGGACAUGUGAGAAGAACAGAAACAUACUCUUUGGACAUCAUCGUCCUGGUCGGCAUCCAGGAGAUUUCCAGGGACCUGUCUCAGCCUCACUUCUGCUUUUCACCAUGAAAAGGAGGAAGCCCAGACUGAAGUGAGUUACAAACCUUGUCUCCAGCAGAGAAGAGUGGCCGGGCCCUGAGUCGAGCACAAUGAAGAAGAGCACAAGGAAUUCAGCCGAUGGGCAUGGUCCCGGACAUCUUCAAAAUAUACUGGAUGAAGGAGAGUAUGCCCCUUUUGUAUCUCCUCCCAUGCUAGAGAGCAAUUUUAUUCAGGUCAACAGGAGAGGUGAAUCCAUUUACCUCCAUAACCGAGCCAACUGGGUGACUAUGGGCAUCUGUUCUUCCAGUUCUACCCAGAAGAUCCCCAACGUGAUGCUGCUGGCACACCUGAAACCCACUGAACAAGAGCACGGAGAAGAGCUGUUUACAAGUCUCCUGACGUCUCCUGCUGCAGAGAAACUGGUGCUCACCAGGUUUCUUCCUCUGCAGUUUGUGACCCUUUCUGUGCAUAACGUUAAAAAUAUGUGCCUCAAAGUAAAGCUGGUGAGUGGUAGAGCCUACUACCUGCAGCUUUGCGUCCCUGCGAAUAAACAAGAUGCCUUAUUUUCCCAAUGGAUGGACCUCAUCUACCACCUAAAUCAGGAGAAAGCCAAAGCUUCCACAGUGUCGGAAGUGUCAAGCCUCUCGGAAAUCACAAAUAGCACUGAAGUCACAAGUUCCAUGGACAUCAUGGGUAUUACAGCAUCCGCAGAUAUACAGACCACACACACAUACCCAUGCACAGACCCUGUACAUGUCACAGAAAGCAUAAAUUUCUCAGAGUUCACAGAUGUUACUGACAUCACAGAUGUCACGGAUAUUCCGGAAAAUGAGGUCACAGAGUUCCCUGAUGUAAACAUUGUCACAGAAGUCACAGAAGUCAUAGAAGCCGCAGAAGUCAAAAGUAGCUCCGAGGCCACAAGCUUCUCAGGGGUCACCGUGGUAUUCGAAAAUGAUGACAUAAGAAAGGCCAAGCAAGAGGAAAAGCGAAAAGAAGAAAACGUGCUGAAGACGGGAUGUCUCCGAGAUUCAAGAAGUAAAACUCAGUUCAGAGUGUCCUCAAAGCACGUCACCAUCUCAAACAUAACACUGACUUUCGAAGGGGAAAGGUGUUUUCAGACGACUUUGACGCCCAUAAAGAGUGAGACAAACGUAUCCAAAGAGAUGAGCGACGUGACCGCUGAAAAAAAGAAGACCGAUUUGAAAAACACAGCUCUCAAAACUAUGGGAUCCAGGUGUGUGAGGAGCCUGAGAACUGAGUCAGACACUUCAGGGGAAAGAAUGUGAGGAAAGGAAAGGAAAACAGAAAAAGAUAAAAAUCAAUGGAAAAACGUGCGAGACAACGUAAGGAUAGAUGCAGACCACUAAGCUAACAGUAAGCCCAGCUCAGGAAAGACGAUCCAUGCAAGGAGAAAACCAGGCAGUACCUUCCACAUGGCAGAAAUAAAGGACGCUCCUAAUACAUUAAGAAUUCAAAUCCAUGUCAAUCUAAUUUAUUUAAAUCUUAACUAUUUUAAUUGUGGACAUCUGUUUUAAAGGAAUCUAGAGAGAUGUGCAAGACUGUAAGAUUUUCAAUUCAUAAAGUUUUUUAAUAAGGUU